AUUCCAGAGGGACGCAGCGCCCUCGGGCUCCUCCGCGCAUUCUUGCCCCGCACAAAGAAGUUCCUCCGCCGCCGCCGCCCGCACAAAGGAGGCGCCGUCCAGGGAGCGCCGGGCCGGACGGGGCAGCGCAGCGCAGGGGCAGCGAGAAGCGGAGCGGCCGGGCGCGAGGCGGACCUUCCCGCGGCGCCUCCCCCGCGCGUGGCCGGGCGAGGCCGGGAUGCCUGGCGGCGGCUGCUGGCGACGGGACACGGGGCGGGCGCGGUGCUGAGCGGCCGGCCGGAGUGCGUGGAGCUCAUGGCUGAGCCGGCGCUGCCCCAGGAGGGCGUCGGGCGGCGGCUGCGGCGUCGGGAGCAGCCGCUGAACGGGCCGCCGCCGCCGCCGCCCUACCCGUCGGGGGAGCCCGCCUGCCCGCCCCCGCGCGCCUUGCCCGGCGAGGAGGCCCCGCGCUCGGAGGUGGCGCUUCCCUGCUACAAGCGCUACUCGGCCGAGGGCUUCCCGCGCGGCAAGGCGGCCGGCGGGGCCAGUCCGCGGGGUUCGACGUGCUGCGGGCCGGCGUCGGGGAGCGGCGGCGCCCUGGCCAGCCCACGCGGGAGCCUCUCGGCCGCCGAGGCACCGCUCAGCCCGCGCUCCAGCUACGCCAGCACGGCCAGCGACGCCAGCAAGCCCUACUCCAGCCCGCGCGCCAGCCUGGCCGGCUCCUCCGACGGCAGCAAGCCCAGCAGCGCCCGCACCAGCGGCAUCAGCAUGGGCUACGACCAGCGGCACGCCAGCCCGCGCUCCUCCGCCGAGCUGGAGGCCGCGGCCGGCCGGCCCCUGGUGCCGUCGGGCCCGGCCGGCGCCGUCUCCUCCCUGGCCAGCCCGCGCUCCAGCCUCUCCAGCCACAGCUCGCGGAGCUCCCGCGGCUCCAUGGGCGCCUAUCCGGAGCUGUCGGCCCCCUCGCCGCGGGCCUCGCUGCUCCCCGAGGAGGCGCCCCCGGCCGACGCCGAGCCCGCCAAGCUGCGCCUGCCCUGCCAGGUGACGCCGGCCCGGGAGAGCGGCCCCAGCCAGGUGGAGCGGCGACUGGAGGCGCUGACGCUGGAGCUGGAGAAGGAGCUGGAGCUGCACGUGCGCAAGGAGUACUUCGGUAUUUGUAUCAAGUGUGGAAAGGGGGUAUAUGGGGCCAGCCAAGCGUGCCAGGCCAUGGGGAACCUUUACCAUACCAACUGCUUUACAUGCUGCUCUUGUGGGAGAAGAUUACGGGGGAAAGCCUUCUACAAUGUUAAUGGAAAGGUCUACUGUGAAGAAGACUUCCUAUAUUCGGGGUUUCAGCAGACGGCAGACAAGUGCUUCAUUUGUGGCCAUCUCAUCAUGGAAAUGAUUUUGCAAGCUCUUGGGAAGUCAUACCAUCCUGGCUGUUUCCGCUGUGUGGUGUGCAAUGAAUGUCUGGAUGGCAUACCCUUCACUGUCGAUAUGGAGAACAACAUUUACUGUGUCAAAGACUAUCACACGGUUUUUGCACCCAAGUGCGCUUCCUGUAACCAGCCUAUUUUGCCAGUCCAGGGUUCCGAAGAGACCAUCCGGGUGGUGUCAAUGGACAGGGAUUACCAUGUGGAGUGUUACCACUGCGAGGAUUGUGGACUCCAGCUGAAUGACGAGGAGGGCCGCCGAUGCUAUCCACUGGAGAGACACCUGCUCUGCCACACCUGUCAUAUCAGGCGCUUGAGCACUAAAGUGUCGGCACACUCUGCCUCUGGGUACCCCAUGCAUAUCACGGAGCUCUGAGGCUUCUGCUUCCCAUCUACUGAAGACCAGGAGGAAGACCCCCGCUGGGGAAAGGGCUCAACAGAGGACUCUCCAGAAAGACAAAGCGGCCGCCAUUAUUUAUUGCUUCUAAGAUUGGAAAGGAAGGGGCACCUCUUGGGUUGGCUCUGGGUGCAAUUGCCUAAGUGAUUCUUUCCACGAUGCUGGUACUUGAAAAGUCGUGCACCCCAUGGAUUGGAUGGGGAAAGGGGCCUGAUGCCAGAGCUGUUGGGAUGACUGGCCACCCAUUAAUACUGGCUUGUUGCCAUUUUUAUGUUUGAGCUCCCAGAAGAAACGUUAGCUUUCCAACAGGAAAGAGACCAAAAGACUUUCGCCAUGUUUUAGCUCUCCUUGCACCCUUGACCUUGUGGUUCUCACAAUUUGAGAGACACAAGGGUUGUUGCAUGCAUCAAAAGAGGGAGGGCAAAAUUGAAUGUGACUUUAAAAAGGAAUAACUUUCUAGGGGAUUCCUGUGGGCCUUCCAGCUUGGCUUUUUGUUGGGUUUCUCUGCAAAACAAGAGUACACAGGACACCAUGUGCUGGGAGCCCGUGAAAGGACAGAGAGCAUUCCUAUUCCGGGCUGUGUCCGGCACAGUUCUCAGGUGCUUGGCAAGGAUGUGAGGGUUUGGUGUUUCCAGGUGAGGCAGAACACACCGCUAAGGGGAGAGCUGCAGGCUCUCUGGGAAGAACAGUCACCUCGUAGCUUUCUGGGAUCCGACGGGCAGCAACUGUGCAGAGGAGCCUUGCUGAAAGCAGGGUGGCAGAGGGGGAAAAGGGGCAGAAACUUCUCCAUUCCCAUUCCACAGUUUUUUUUCUUAGCAUUCUUUUGCGGCAGAAACGGGAAUGUGUCAGAAUGGGAAAAAUUUACAUACAGGUGGUAUAAGCCUAUUCAUUAAAUUUAAUUCAGAUUUUAAUCCAACCAAAUUAAGGUUUUGUCCCAUCCAUUUCUUUGGACCUGCCACUGCUUAUUUUUGAAGGGAAUCUUCCCAGCCUCCCAAAGUCCAGAGGCAGCCUGGAGCCUGGAAAUGGUUCUGCUCCAACAACCGCAGAACCUGCCAGGGCCAGCCAGGUACCCUGGGGCUCCCUGCAGAAGCUCUGCUAGUUGCUCUCUGCCCCUCAGUACAAGGAAGGGGAUUCCUGCUUUUUACAACUUGGUGAUAACCCAGCUUUAAAGGCCAAGUUAAUUAUACUUGAAUCCACAGCACUUGCAUAAUAAUUCCCAUGGCCUCUUGACCAUACAAAGCGUUUUUAGGUAGGUCACAAAACAGUUUUUAAAAGUCUCAGGAAACAAUUGUCUUUUUUCUAGGUGUUUGGAUGUAAAAAAAUUGGCUCAGAUGUAUAGCAGGGAAAUAUCUAAUUUGGAGCAUAGAGGAAAUUUUUUUAAUUAGCAAAAAUUAAAACCUAUAAGACAUAAUGUGUUAAGUGUUAGAAGUCUUACAUUUCUAUUUUGCUAGACUUUUAAAGCACAUUUCCAACUCUGGGAAAAUCUGUGUUCCAUAUGGAAAAUGUUUACUUUUUCUAUUAAAAAAAUAAGCUGCGUUUUGAUUAUUUGAGAGGUGCCAUUAAUUAAAAACUGACCACAUCAGUUUACACUUCAGGUUCAGCCAUAUUGUAUUAAUUCCUUGCAUACAUUAACCUUGAAAUCAUUUCAACUCGCUUCUUAUAAAACCACCUGGAUCAGCCCUUUGCAGGCCAAAAGCUGUUGGUGCACCAGCAACUUCAGUGAAAGUCUGCUUUGGGAAUCGGAUGGAAAUAACAUGGCUAAAUGUGUUUGAAAAGUGCAAAAAAGACCCCUGAUGGAAGAGCAACCAGGCUGACUUCCCCCAGACUAUCCCAAUAGCCCUGCCAGCUGCAGCAGGGACCUUUCCCAAGUCUGAAGGGCUGGGAAGAGGGAAGGAUCAGGUGAGUCAGUGCAGAAGGAAUGUAAACAGUUCCUUCCAAAUGGGAGCACGAUGGGAUGCUUUGAAAGGAGCCCCCCUCUCCAUCCCAUCAGAUCAGCCCUUUUAAGGCUGUUCCACAUGGUUGGCCUUUUCAUGUUUGGAAGUUUCCAGAAAGUCAUUGUAAUUCCUUUGAUUUUACUGCAAAGGUUCCACCUCUUUCCUCUUGUAGAUGGCUUUCUGGUGCCUUCUGGAAAGUACCUCUCUCCUUCCUCUGCUCUUUAAGGCAUCUUGAUUAUUUUAGUGUCAAACUUGUCCAUUCCUGCUACUGCCUUAAUCUUCCGCAAAUACCAUAACAGCUAAAAUAUGUACACGGGCUAUGAUUUUUCAAACAUACCAGGCUAUUUAUUUCAUUUGUUCAAAAUGUUUCAGGGGAUUCACCUUUUAGAUACUUAAAAUAGAUUUGUCAACCUGAUGAUUUCCCACAUUUUGCUGUUUUAAUUUUUUUUUCCCCCAUUGCCUAAAUAUAAUCACUGCUGAAGAGCUCUCGUUUUCAUUUUAAAAAUGUGGUCUUCAAUCAGAAAGCAGCUAGAAAGUGACAUAUAGCAAACAAACAAACAACCAGAUUCUGCAAAAAAUGUGAAACCUGCUACCUCCCAUCAAUAGUGGCUGAACUGUGAAACUCCAGGCCCUAUGAGGGCUGGGCUGGCCCUGCUCCACAGCAGCCUGGUUGCUUUGCCCACUGGCCUCUCCUGCUGAAAGCAUGGGGAGGGAGGGCACUUCCCCACCAGUGCUGCCAAGGGAAGCUGCCUGCAGCCUUUCUCCUUGGCAGGAGUUUCUCCACCUGGUGCCCAAGGACAAGGAGAUGCCAGAUGGUGGAAGCUGUAGACCAAUACUGGGAGUUCAGUGCCACCUCUACAUUUACUUCAGAGAGUUUGGCUCCACAGGGAUGAAGUGCUUUUAAUGUUUGUGCCAAAAUAUUUAUGGGAUACCUUCCUUCCUUUUUCUUUCCACCGAUUCACAUCCACCUGAGCGAGGAACCCAAAAUAGAUGCACUU